UUUACCCAAACUCAGCUGAGAGCUGUUACUGUGUGUGUGUGCGCGUGUGUGUGUGUGUGUGAGAGAGAGACUAUCUCUCAGUGUGUGUCACUGUGUGUGUGUGAGUGUGUGAGUGAGUGAGUGAGUGAGCGCGUGGCGCGCGGACGACGGGCAGUUCGCGGACUCUGAGACUCAGAGAAGCUGCUGCGCGCAGCUCUGUCUGUCCGCGGAGGAGACACAGCGAGGAGUCCGCGGAAGGUGUCCACAGCGAUGGUACAGUGGUCCGCGCGCGGCAGCCUCCCCCCCGCGGUGCACGACGAGCGCGCUGUGCCAAGGGCAGCGAUCUGAGCGCCGCGCGACCAUGAUGAGGACCCCGAGCUCCGUACUGCUGCUCUUCUGCCUGCACGUGGUAACCAGCAAUAAAGAACACCUUCCAACAACAGAGCUCAUUGAAUGGGAGGAUAAUGAAGACAAUCUGUCCCCUGAUGCGGCCAGCCCUCGGAUUCUAAACCCCCUGCGUCUGUUUUCCAAAGGAUCUCCUGGGCUCAAGCAGAACAUCAGGGGAAUGACAUAUUUAGAAAAUGUGGAGGACUUCUGGGACUGGUUAUCUAAUCAAACAGAUGUUCAGGAUGCUCAUGCGAGAACUAAGCGCAGACCUAUCGUGAAAACAGGGAAGUUCAAAAAGAUGUUUGGUUGGGGCGAUUUCCAUUCAAACAUCAAGACAGUAAAAUUGAACCUUCUCAUCAGAGGUAAGAUAGUGGACCAUGGGAAUGGAACAUUCAGCGUGUUCUUCCGCCACAACUCCACUGGCCUGGGAAAUGUCUCUGUGAGCCUGGUGCCCCCAACCAAGGUUGUGGAGUUUGAGAUCACCCAGCAGUCCACGCUGGAGACCAGAGACUCCAAAGCAUUCAACUGUCGAAUUGAGUUUGAGAAGACGGAUCGGUCUAAGAAAACAACCUUCUGCGGCCUUGACCCGUCCAUGGUGUGCUAUCAGGAGCAAACACAGACCCACGUCUCCUGGUUGUGCUCAAAGCCCUUCAAAGUCAUAUGUAUCUACAUUGCUUUCUACAGCAUUGACUACAAACUGGUACAGAAGGUCUGCCCAGACUACAACUACCACAAAGACACUCCUUAUAGCUCUACAGGGUGACACCACAGCUGCAUGUUCUUUCAUCUCUAAGAUUAAGUGAAAAAAAAAAAAAAGAAAAUAUGAGACUUGGGAUGGCCUGUUUUGUCACUCUAAAAUAACAAACAUUCUGUCAAUUCCUUCUGGAUGCUAGUAGAUCUGCAAGGCAAUGCCAUCAGACUCGAUGGACAGUGUAUAAAACUGGCUUUUUCUCGUUGCAAGCGGAAAGUAAUUAUAAAAACCACAGCUUCGUCAAUAUAGAAAAAUUGUACGUAGGGAAUUAAAAGUGUGUUUGACUUCUUUCUGUAUUUUCCCUGUAUCCUAUUAUGCUCAUUGUGUUGACAUUUUUGGCAUGAAGGUUAUGUAUUUUACUAAUCUUUACUCAUUCAAAAUAAUAUGACUUACCUAUUGACAUUUCCACCAAAUACAAAAACUAAAACAAAGACAAGCAAUAUGUUUUAGAAAAUGUUUCCUGACAGAUAGUAUCUGGCUUUAAAGGACAUGUUUUUAAAUGCCUCCCAUUGCAUGUGUCAGUUAAAGGAGUCUUAUUUUCCCCUCACCUCUCCAUCAACAGUGGUUACAGUGCUGAUUUAGUUCACUUCUCUUCACAUCUUUUCAGAAGGGUUUUACAUUUGGGGCGUUGGUUUCAUGAGUUUCUGAAGCAUUAGAAACCAUCUUCAGGAGAUAUGUUUCAUAGCAUGGUCUGAGUUCUAGCAAUUGUUCUGGACUUGUUUCUUUUAGUAUCUUUAACCACAAUGUUUACAGCAGAGUGCAGCAUUAAGGUUUUCUUUCAUUUAACCUUGCAACUGUAGACUUUAGGCAAUUUUUUAUACAUUUUCCCUGAAUGUAUGUAAACGUUUACUAGUCUAAAAAUACAUGGACUCUGUGUAUAUGGGUUAUUGUUUUGAAUCUGAAUUGCUUCAAAUGAGGGGGUGCGGUGGCGCAGUGGGUUAGACCACAGUCCU